CCAUCGAGUCUUUAUGGAAGCAAUUUCCAGUAGCCUUAUAUAAAUCCGGGAGUCUUCGAGAAUGAACUAACAUGAUGUAAUGGUAAUUGGUCGAUCAUGGAGUGCCGUUGAAACAAUGCUAAUAAUAGGGGACGAUCGGAUAACUAUGCCGCGUCAUCAUCUUCAUCUUCCUCUGUGGCUAUCGUGGUUACAAAGUUUCAGAAAUUCUCAGAAGAUACCCUCAGCAGUCGAUCCUUCACGACUUCCAGUCGCGCAUAAGCACAGCCCUGAACUCGACGUUCUUCCCCCGCCGAAAAUCGAUCUUACCGAGAUUCCGCGCCCUCCCGGAGGAAGCCGGCAACGAAUACGAAGAAGGAUGGCAUCAUCUACGCGAAAUGAUCUUAAUGCGAGCAUUAAUCUGCGAUCUGCGACUUGA